AUGGGAUGUUUUCAAAGUAAAAAAGAAACUUCUGAUUUGCAUCCUAAUGUUUUUCGUGUUAUCAAUAUUGACGAGAAUGGAUCAGACCUGUGUUCCGGGCAACUAGAAAUCACGGAAACUGAUAUUAUUUUAUACAGAGAAGGACGGGAAUCAACAGUGUGGCCACUUCAUUCCUUAAGGAGAUAUGGCUUCGAAGGAGAAAUAUUUAGCUUUGAAUCAGGUAGACGAUGUGAAACAGGUGAAGGUAUAUAUGCAUUUAGAUGUAGAAGAGCAUCUUUAUUAUUUCAAACACUACAACAACAAAUACAAUUAAGAAAUGUUGUUCAUGAUACAGUUUCUUAUCCUGUAACAAGGCUAUCACCAUCACCACAAGGACGGCAGACAUUGCAAGCUAGUGUUGUUCAUCGUUCUUCUGUUGAUAACGGACAACCUGAUCAUGCAGGAACAGCUUUCAAUAACAACCUUUCAAGUAUUGCUUCAAAUGCCGCAGUUCCUCCAAUACUAACACAGUCACCUCGCUCACCAUCCAGCGCUGAUAUAUUAGAGGUAAUGCCUCUGUAUCCCCGCCCACAAGCUGGUGAUAGUCACGUGACAAAUGUGUAUCAGGUAAGAGAUUUUAAACGUGAACAUAAUAAUAAUCAAGCAGAAGUAGGAGUUGACAACCGACAUGUGUACACUAAUGAUUUUAAUAGAGACUUGGCAAUAUUAAGAAAUAAUUUGAGACAAGAAGCUGCUUUGAAUACUAUUAGAGAUAUUGAAGAUGAAACACAGUUUCUUGGAAAUAGAUAUGUUAGUGAAAAUAUAUCAAAUAAUUUGUCCAACCAUAUGCUUUCUCCGACGAUAAGUAAUUCAAGUGAGCACUAUGCUCAACUGAGCAUGGAACAACAGGCAUUAUCAAGAUUGUAUGUUAAUAUUCCUCAAAAUGAAGCCAAUAUUUCAGAAAAUGUAAAAAAUGAUACAACUCCAACAACACCAAUUACUCCAAAACAAGUUGAAUAUUGUAACUUGUCAAUUGCAGUAAAACCAGAGGUUAAUAUGAAUACAUAUGCCAACUUAAUGUUGGGUGAUAUUGCAGACAGUGUUAAAAAUGUUAAGUCAUUCUUUAGUACAUCUGAACACACACAGAAGUUCUCUGAGUCCGAUACUUUUACUUCCAUGUCACCUGUCGAAGAGUUAGAAGUGAAUUAUGCUAUAUUAGACAUUGAUUCUAAUAAAGAUACAAAUAUUAAAGUAUCUAGGAAUCUUGCAUCACCGGAGAAUCAGUCGUAUAAUAGUUCUAAAAAUGAAAGUUCAGCUUCAUGUUCUUCACAACUGCAUGGUAAAGUUGUUUCUCAAACCAGUAUUGAGCAAUCUACAGUAUCAAACACACCCAAUACAGUUCCAUCAACUAACAUAGGGUAUACGACAAUUGAUUUUGAUAAAACUGUUGCAUUGACAUCUGUGGCUGCAGGGGCAGAACUUAAUAUGGAUAGUAGAAAAAAUAGGCACAAUUCUUGUGGUAUCCUUUGUGGCAGUCCUAGCAGCAGCGAAAAAAAUAAAGGCCUUAACUGA